CAUUUAUCUCCUUCCACAUUCCUACUUGAUUUUUUAUUAGAACAGAAAAAUAAAAAAAUGGCACUAACUUUAUCACGAUUCACACCAUCACCACUCUGUAUCCCAUCAACAUCUUCAUCUUCAUCUUCAUCUUCUUUAAGAAUCAAACCCACCAUAACCAAUCACCGAACCACCACCACCACCAAAAACCACCGCAUCUCCUCCAUCCUAGUCAAAUCCACACAACAAGACCAACCACCACAACAAUCAGAUGAUGAAGAACAACAACAAACCCAACUGGGUACAGAAAUCAAGAAAGCAAUGAUGGAAACAAAAGAUAUAAAUAAUAGUAAUAAUAAUAAUGAAAAUGAUAAUGGUUUCUGGGGUGGGGUUGCGGAUGAGAUAGGAAAGAUAGAGUGGCCAGCAUUUAACAAAGUUGUUGGAACCACUGGUGUUGUCCUUGGUGUUAUUGCUGGUUCUAGUGUCGUUUUGCUUACUGUUAAUGCCGUUUUGGCUGAGCUUUCUGAUCGUGUGUUCGUUGGUCGUGGUGUUCAAGAUUUUUUUGGAUAAGAAAAAAAGGGCUUUUUGUUUAUCUUCAGUUUGUAUCAUUUUUUAGGUUUAAUAGUAGCGUUUUAUUAUGCUCAAUAUAAAGCGAAAACUUCAUUAUCGUUUUAAGAUUCAA